AGGCAAGAAGAGUUGCCACGGAGCCUGUACAUCUCGGACAAGAAGCAUUUCUAGAUUUACAGGCUGCCUGGCAGCGUGAACGAGACGAGUGGGUUGCAACUUGCGAUAAACUGCGCUGUCAAACCCUUGCUGCUCAAGGGGAAGCCGAGGCAGCACGCCUGACUGAGGAGUUGCAGUCUUUGCGUGUGAAGCUGAGCGAGGCAAGAAGAGUUGCCACGGAGCCUGUACAUCUCGGACAAGAAGCAUUUCUAGAUUUACAGGCUGCCUGGCAGCGUGAACGAGACGAGUGGGUUGCAGCUUGCGAUAAACUGCGCUGUCAAACCCUUGCUGCUCAAGGGGAAGCCGAGGCAGCACGCCUGACUGAGGCAGAAGCCGCUGCGGCGGCAAAAGCGAGACAGCAAGCUGAGCCCAACCAAGUGGAGGAAGAUCGCUUGCAUUUGCGUCAGCUUCACUCCCAGCUUCAGCAGCUCAUACACGCGGCCAAAGUAACCGGAGAGCUCGAGGCGAAAGCUGCCAAGGCUCUGUCCGAAGCCGCAGAUGAGAGAGAGGACCUCCCAGGUGGGCUUGAUGAGGUCCUGGCCUACCAGACCCUGGUGGCGCGGCUCCGCUCGGAGCUGCGCUGGGAAAAGGAGCGACGCCACAGUUGCGACGAGGCUUUAGAAACCCUUCGGGGUUCGUAUGGUCUCUUACUGAGCAGGGCUUUGCGCGUUCGGAAGUGAGCUGCAGUGGCAGCCUUCAACCCAGGACGGAGACAACGUUUUAAAAGUAGUUUUUUGAACCAACCUGUACCAUAAACUCUGCAAGCCAUAUGGCUUCAGGUAGGCUUAAUGAUCCCCUUUCAGCGUUUGCUGAAAAC